UCUCAAAAACUUUUACAGAGAGGAAGGGGGUGUUGUAGGUUGAUUAUGUAUCUUCUCUUCUUCUAUCAAAUCUUCAAACUCCAUUAAUGAUGGGAUUUAAUUAAGGAAUAUCAAAAUACAUAUCAUUCUCAUUCUUUACUUCCAAAACAAUCUCACCUUAUUGUUAGGUAGAGAGAAAGAAAAGAAGUUAAGGGUUUUAGAGAGAGAGAGAAACAAGCAAAGACAGAGAAGAAAUUGAGACAAGAAAAACAGAUUCAUCAAUGGGUUUGAUUUUCCUCACCAUUACUUGAUAAGUAUUUUUUUUCCUUCUGUUUAGUUUAAUUGUUACUAUAUAUCCAAAGAAAUUUGAGUUAGAAUGAUAGGGUUUUAGUAUAAAAUCACAAAAUGGGGCAUAAGAAACGGAACCCUGGUUUACGACACAAACCCGCUUCAGCUGCGCCCUCUGCCUCUGCCACAACAGUAGUUUCAGUAACGGCAGAGGAGGUAGUUGAAGAUGGUGUUAUUGAAGAUGAGAAGUUGUUAACACUAGGUUAUCCUAAUGAGCAGAAUUAUAAUGUUAUGGAUGAUUCAUUGUUUUCUUGUAUUAAAGUUGAAUGUGAAAAAGCCCUAACAGCACUACGAAGAGGGAAUCAUACGAAGGCUUUAAGACUUAUGAAGGAGGCUAGUCUUCGGUAUGAGAGUAUUGGUUUAAUUCAUCGAAUUCAAGGGACUAUUUGUGUUAAAGUUGCUGCUUUAAUUGAAGAUCCAAAUGUGAAACAAAGACAUAUUAAGAAUGCGAUCGAGUCUGCUAGAAGAGCUGUUUCAUUGUCGCCCAACUCAAUUGAGUUUGCUCAUUUUUAUGCUAAUUUGCUGUUAGAAUCUGUAAAUGAUAGUAAGGUAGGGUAUGAUGAGAUUAUUCAUGAGUGUGAUAGGGCACUCUCUAUUCAGAAUCCUAUCGACCCAGUGAAGGAGAGUUUGCAGGAUGAGAACCAGCACAAAUUACUAACACCCGAGGAACGGAUAGACUAUGUUCAACAGGAACUUCGUAAUCUUAUUCAGAGAGCCAACAUUGCGUCAAUUUCAAAUUGGAUGAAGAAUCUAAAUAACGGGACGGGCGAAAAGUUUCAGUUGAUUCCAGUGAGACGGAUAACCGAAGAUCCUAUGGAGGCUAGUUUAGCUCAGGCUAGACGGCCUAAUGAGAUCAAAAAAGCAACUAAGACACCUGAGGAGAGAAGGAAGGAAAUUGAAGUACGUGUAGCUGCUGCUAGGCUGUUGCAACAGAAACCUGAUUUGCUUCCUGCGGAGAAUGAUGAAGGUAGAGACAUAGAUUCAUCUUUGGGGACUCACAAAGUGGUUGUGCGACGUAAGCAUUUAAAUUUGCGGAAGAUUGCAUCCUUCUCAGACAGGAUGAAUCAUGUUAAAUCUUUUUGGGAUUCAAUGGCCCUUGAGAAGAAGCAAAGUUUGCUCCAUGUGAAUAUUGAGGAUCUCAAGUCCCAUUUCAGGUCAUCAAAGGAUAGUUUGAUGCUAGAGACUUUGUUAGAAGCCCUGUUAUUUGCGCAGGAUAAGAAGACAUGGAAGUUCCGGGUGUGCUGCUGCUGCAGUGAGAAGUUUACUGAUGGUGAUUCACAUAUGCAACAUGUGGUGAGGGAGCAUAUGGGUAGCCUCUCUCCAAAUUUGCAGUCGGUAUUGCCUCAAGAAGUUGACACUGAUUGGACUAGGAUGCUUCAAUAUGGCUCAUGGAAACCCGUUGAUUCUUCUGUUGCUUUCAAAAUGGCUGAAGAUCGAUCAAAUUGCCGAUCUUCUAAACUCUUGAGUGGUUACUAUAGCAGGAAUGAUGAUGAUGAUGUUGAUGAUGACGAGAGGAGGAAUGCCAGUACAACUGACAAUUGGUACUCAAGAGACACAUGGGAUUCCGAUGAGGAGAAGGAGUUGACAAUGGAUGGUGACCAGACGGCAAUGUGUUGUAAUGGAAGCUUAGUUGAAAGCGGAGGGCAUGAAAAUGUUUCCAGCUGGGAGGAAUAUGACAACACUAGGUGGUUGAAAUCAUUCCCCGUCACAAAAUCUUGGCCAACAUGCGAGGAUACUGAACGCGCAAAACUCCUUGAGAAUAUCCACGUUAUGUUCCAGUCUCUUAUUAGACAUAAAUGUCUCGCCGCAAGCCAUCUUAGUAAAGUCAUUCAAUACACAAUGGACGAGCUUCAAAGACUUGUUCCUGGUUCACAGCUUUCAAACCUUGGUUUGGACCAAACACCCCGCUGUAUUUGUUUCUUGGGAGCUUCCCAACUUAGCAAGGUCCUCAAAUUUUUGCAGGAACUUUCUCAUUCUUGCGGAUUAAGUAGAUAUCCUGAUAAGGCCAGCUUAACAUAUGAGAAACCAAGUGAUGCUAAAGAACCUGAAAUCAAAGAAAUAGUUGUUCUGAGCAGGGAUUCAUCAUUUCUUUUUUUAGGGGAGCGUUUAUUUAGAAGCGAAAUCACUAGCAGUGGUUAUGAGAAAGGUUGCUCCAUGAGUUAUGGUGAUGCAGCAGCCACUCCUUUUCCCUUUAGUGAUAAUGACGAUUGUCUUCCACUCGAUAGCAGUGCUCUGUUAUCCUGGAUUUUCUCAGGCCCUUCGAGUGGGGAAAAGCUUGCAUCAUGGAUCCGUCUGAGGGAAGAAAACUCCCAUCGUGGAUUACAAUUUCUUCAGAUGCUUGAAAAGGAACAUUACCUCUUACAAGGCUUGUGUGAGAGGAAAUGUGAGCAUUUGAGCUAUGAUGAAGCUUUACAAGCAGUUGAGAGUCUCAUUUUCAAAGAGCUUAAAAAAAGAGAGCAUGUUACUAGAUUUGCCUCUCGUAGUUUGGAGGCCGUCGUUCGCAAGCGUCAAGAAGAACUUACUGAAAGAGAAAGUGAUGUUAUGUCCGUCGGUAGUGGGUUCGAGUUGGAGGCUCUAUCAAGUGUUCUCAAAGAAGCACAGUCUUUGAGUAUUGCACCAUUUGGGUACGAAGAAACUCUCUCUGGUGUUACUACUCGUUUAUGUGAUACAGAUUAUGGAGAAGAUGAUGACUGGAGAAUGUACGAUGUUCUUCAUCAAGCAGAUAAUUGCAUUCAAGUAGCACUACGGAGACAGAAGGAACAAUUAUCUGUGGAGCUCAGCAAAAUUGAUGCCAGGAUCAUGCGAAAUGUCACAGGCAUGCAACAGUUAGAGCUUAAGCUUGGACCCUUGUCUUCCUACGAUUUUCGGGCGAUUAUUCUGCCUCUUGUUAAGUCAUUCAUGCGGGCACAUUUGGAAGAACUAGUUGACAAAGAUGCUACCGAGAGAUCUGAAGUUGCAAGAGAAGCAUUUUUAGCUGAACUUGCACUUGAUUCUAAAAAGGGUAAUCACAAAGGCGGUGAUUCUAAACAUAACCAAGAGAAGAUGAAGGAUAAGAAAAAGAACAGGGAUCACAGAAAAGCUAAGAAUCUAAAGGCAAGUAGUGGUAGUGAGCAGCUUCCCCACAAAAUAACUGCGGAGAAGACUCACUUCCCUGUUACCAAUGAUAGUCAACCGGAUUCAGAGAUCGUAGUUGGUGUUGUUGGUGAUGGCUUAUCACAAGAAGAAGAAGAUUAUAGGCGUCAACUUGAGCUUGAAGCGGAGGAAAGAAAGCUUGAAGAAACUCUGGAGUAUCAAAGGAGAAUCGAGAAUGAGGCCAAACAGAAGCACUUGGCUGAAUUAAAUAAGAAGGAAAGUGGAAGAAUGCUAGAUAGUGUGGCAGCGGAAUUCUCUGUUGAAUUGAACCCUAUUGUCUAUGAUUUAGAUGCUUCCGAGAAGUUGGGAAACCGUAAGCCAGUAAGCUUUCCGUGCAAUGGUGGUUCCGGUGAUAGUUGGGGCAGGGUUGACCAUGGGGCAUCUUCUUCUGGUCCCUUCUCUGUGGAUAAUCAGGAACUUGAACAUAGUAAUCCCAGAGAGAAUUCCAUGGGGUGUGACAUGGUCCUAACUUCUGAAAGUUGGGUUGUCUCUGAUAGCAAGCCUGAAAAUUUGCGUGAACCUUCUGAAGAGCCCUCGGUGGGCAUUCCUUAUUUAGCAAUAGAUUCAUUAGGUGUCUCUAUAAGCAGUACAAAUGGGACCAUGGUUUCUACAGAAGCCUCUGCCAGCUCAGUUGCCCACACUAUUAAAAGAACAAAUAAUCAAUCUCAAAUCAGAGUUGAGCAAGUCCUCAACAGUGGAUCUCCCAACAAUGGUUUUCUGCCUUCUGAGCGCCGGGUGGGAAGACAACGUAGACGGCGUAACAGCUCUACCAGUGUUGUUGAAGGAAGUUCCCGAUCCUUGUCUUCUGAUAAAGGUAUUCGUGACACAAGUUCGCAAAAUGAAGGUUGCAUCAAAGAUAAUGCUGGUGCAGGGGAUCAGAGGACUCAUGUUGGUAAUGGUGAUCCAUGUUUUGUAGAUACUGGAGCAAAAUCACUGAGGGAACUGCAUGCUGAAGAAGAUGACGAGGAAAGGUUCCAGGCCGACCUUAAGAAAGCCGUCCGUCAAAGUCUUGAAACAGCCACAGCAUCAGAUGAGUUAAGAGUUUCACAAGGUGAAAUCAUUUUUGGCAGCUUAAAUGGAACGGAUGUAUUGGGAACAGGAUUAAAAAAUGAAGCUGGUGAAUACAAUUGUUUUUUGAAUGUCAUCAUACAGUCACUAUGGCAUUUAAAACGGUUUCGCGAAGAGUUCUUAGGAAAAUCAAUUUUAUCACAUCUUCAUGUUGGGGAUCCUUGUGCUGUAUGUGCACUAUAUGAAAUUUUUAUGGCUUUAAGCACGGCAUCUACCGAUAAGCGAACUGAAGCAGUUGCUCCUACCUCUUUGAGAGUUGCUCUUAGCAACUUGUAUCCAGAUAGUAAUUUCUUUCAAGAGGCACAGAUGAAUGAUGCCUCUGAAGUAUUGGCAGUAAUCUUUAACUGCCUUCAUAGGUCAUUUACAUCUGAUUCUAGUGAAUUUGAUGUUGAAUGUGAAGAAAGCAAUUGCAAUGGGUCUUGGGACUGUGCAACCAAAGCUUGCAUUGCACAUUCUCUUUUUGGGAUGAACAUCUUUGAGCAGAUGAGUUGCUACAAUUGUAAGUUGGAGUCGAAACAUAUGAAGUACACUUCAUUCUUUCACAACGUCAAUGCUAGUGCUCUUCGAACAGCAAAGCAGAUUAUGUGUGCGGACAGCUCUCUUGAUGAGCUUUUGAAUAUCGGAGAGAUGAAUCACCAGUUAGCAUGUGACCCAGAGUCUGGUGGCUGUGGAAAACCUAAUUACAUCCAUCACUUUCUUUCAACUCCACCUCAUGUGUUUACAGCAGUGCUUGGUUGGCAGGAUACGUCUGAGAGCGCAGAUGACAUAAAGGCAACGGUGGCAGCUCUAACCACUGAGUUAGAUGUUGCUGUCCUAUUUCGGGGGCUGGAUCCAGGGAACAAACACCGUCUAGUUUCAGUGGUAUGUUAUUAUGGCCAACAUUAUCACUGCUUUGCAUACAGUAUUGAGCAAGACCGGUGGACAAUGUAUGAUGACAGAACUGUCAAGGUAAUUGGUGGAUGGGAUGAUGUUAUUCUCAUGUGUGAAAGAGGGCACUUACAACCUCAGGUUCUUUUCUUUGAAGCUAUGAACUAGCUUAUACCUAGAGAAUCUCUCAUUAUACUCUCUACUGGGGUUGCUGUUACUGUGUAGUUCACUGUGCUAGUACUCAUUCUGUCAAACAUGGUGAUCCCAAUCCUCAGUUGUAAUCACUUACCCAGGACUUGCAAUGUUCGCUGAAAGCAGUCUACAAUUUUGAAAAAGGUAGUAGUAGGUGUUGGAGAUUUGAAAGCCAAUAUAGCAAAAUAGGUCUUUCUCUUCAAAAAUUGUCAGUCGUUAGAGUACAGGUAUAAGCUGAUGAAUAUGAUUCAGAGAAGAAUAAGAAGCAAUAAUAUUAUAAUGGUUAGCAGCAGCUUGUGGAUUUGCAACGAGAUAUAUACUUCUGAAAUUGUGGCUGAUUACGUCAGUCAUAUACAAACAGUCAAAAGAAGAAAUCCUAGUCCUCUGCUGGAGCUGGAUCUGUGCAUAGAGAUUAUUAGGGCUCAUCUUUAGGGGGUCUGAAUACUGUAAGUUCAAAUGUUGGAUGAUGAUGAUAAUGCCAAAAUGUAUUGUUUUGGUUCUUAAACUUUACGUUUAGUAUGUACUGCAGACAAUAUAAGCAUUACUUUUUUGAGCA